AGUUCACACACACUGUUCUGCAGCUCUUGUGUUGUUGUUGUUGUUGUUGUUAUUAUGAAAUAACCAAUGUUUACUAACAAUAUUCCGCUUCUUUCAUUCCUGCAACAUGAACAGGUCCCAGCUCAAACGAUCCCGAAUAUUAAAAAUGGCCUUCACAGACUCCACUCGUCCCGGGGACAAAGAAGAGCCAUUUUUUAUGAAAGCCACCAAAAUCGCCCUGGUCGUGACUCUCUACUGGUUCAUCUCAAUCUCCAUGGUUUUCCUGAAUAAUUACCUGUUAGACAGCAAGGAGCUCGACGCGCCGGUCUUCAUCACUUUCUUCCAGUGUGUUGUGAGUGUCGGACUGUGUUUACUCAUGAGUUUUCUCUCCAACUUGUGUCCUGGAUCCGUGGAUUUCCCCUCAUUAAAGUUUGAUAUGCGGGUGUCCAGAGAGAUACUCCCGCUGACGGUCGUGUUCAUAGGCAUGAUCACGUUUAAUAACUUGUGUCUGAAAUAUGUGGGAGUCGCCUUUUACACUGUUGGACGCUCGCUUUCCACUGUGUUCAACGUUAUUUUGUCUUACGUGGUUCUCAAGCAAACGACGUCCUUCUACGCGGUGCUCUGUUGUGGAGUCAUUCUGGGUGGGUUCUGGUUGGGUGUGGACCAAGAAGCCGUGGCAGGUUCCCUUUCUUGGGCAGGUGUCGUUUUCGGUGUAAUUGCCAGCCUUUGUGUGUCUCUUAAUGCCAUCUUCACUAAGAAAGUAUUGCCGGUGGUGGACGGAAAUAUUUGGAAGCUCUCCUACUACAACAACCUCAACGCCAUUGUGCUGUUUAUUCCCCUCGUUGUCAUUCUGGGAGAGGUGAAAAGUUUAUUCGAGUUUAGCCGGCUGACAGAUUUACAUUUUUGGGGUAUGAUGACUUUGGGUGGGAUUUUCGGCUUCGCCAUUGGUUACGUCACAGGACUUCAGAUCAAGUUCACCAGUCCAUUAACACACAAUGUAUCUGGAACGGCCAAAUCAUGCGCACAGACUGUGCUGGCCGUCGUUUACUGGGCGUCCGAAAAGAGCACGCUUUGGUGGACGAGCAAUUUAAUGGUGCUCGGUGGAUCCUUCGCUUAUACCUGGGUCAAAGGAAUGGAAAUGAAGAAAGCUCCAGUGCCUACAGAAACGCAUAGCUCGGACCCUCAGAAGAAUAAAGAAGACCUCGGAGUGUGAGAAAUACAUUGUUGUUGAGACUUCUCUGUUUUGCACAUGUGUUUAUAUGUACGUUUGUAUAUGAUACGGGCAUUUUAAUAGUUAGUGCACUAAAAUAAAUGGUUCAUUGGAGGUAAGGGAUUGCAAACAAUUAAUAUAGGCUGAAUUUAAACAAAUGAAAUGUAGUAAUGUUCAGCUUGAUUUCUUUAUUUAAAUUCAGCCCAUUCAAGUAGUUUGCAACCAUGUACCUUAAAAAAAAAUAAAUCCAGUGAAUCAUCAGUGUGUAAACAGUUUCUUUGUGAUGGAUAUGAUAAUUAAUUAUUAAAAAUGUUUAAUGACGGUCAUCCUAGCACCAUGUUUACAACAACAGAUUUGUUGCUGUUUCUGAUGAAGUUACUUUAAAAUUAUUUUAAAACCAAAAUAUUGGUUACACUUUAUUUUAUGGUGUCCUUGUGACAGUUUAUUUACACAAUUAGGCAGGGAAUAAUAUUAAUAACGUGUUUACUGUAGCGGCAUAUAGUUUGGUUUUGGGGUUAAAUAUAGGUUUUAUGCAUAAUUUAGUUUAAUUACUAUGGUUGCACUUUAUUUUACAGUACAUGCACACAGUGUACUUAAUUAUAGAUACAGUUGAAACCAGAAGUUUACAUACACUCUUAAAAAAGGAAAAUAACCAUUUAAAACAUGUCUGAUGGUAAAUCAUAAUAAACAUUUAUUAUUUUAGGUCCGUUAGGAUUACCUAAAUGAUUUACAUUUGCUAAAUGCCAGAAUAACGAGAUAAUUUUUUAUUAAUUUCUAGACAGUCAAAAGUUUACACACAUUUCCUUGGUAUUUUUUUUUAGCUUUGCUUUUAAACUGUAUAACUUUGGUCAAAUGUUUUGGGUCUCCUUCCACAAGCUUCUCACAAUAGUUUGCAGGAAUUUUGGCCCGUUCCUCCUGACAGAAUUGGUGUAACUGAGUCAGAUUCAUAGGCUGUCUUGCUCGCUCAAGCUUUUUCAACUCUGCCCACACAUUUUCUAUAGGAUUGAGAUCAGGGCUUUGUGAUGGCCACUCCAAAACAUUCACUCUGCUGUCCUUAACGCACAUUUGAACUAAUUUGGCAGUAUGCUCAGGGUCAUGGUCUGUUUGGAAGACCUAUUA